UGGCCCCUCCCUAGCUGUAGAGCCAGUGACACUCCACUGCAUCCUGGGCAAACAUUACCCGAAAUAAGCGAUACUUUUAGACACCAGCAUCAUACCGUAGAUAAAUAAAUAUGCUCCGCGUCUGCCAGCAACACCGGGAACGGCCAAUGCCGUCUCUACACCGCAAGACAUCGGGGCCCGAGAACCCUGGCGUUCCCACCUUCCGUCACUGCCGGGAGAGGGGUCAAAGACUGGUUCCCCCGAGAGCCGAGAGCCGGCCGUGCGGAGAACCAACAACCCGCCCGACAGGCCGUAUGCAGCCGGACUUUGCGAGUUGGUUCCGUGGCGAAAGGAUUGCGACGGACUUUGGCGACUGGCAAACCGGCACCACCCUGUCAUGCGUCUUGUUUUAUUUUAUUAUUGAGUUUUUCACACCGAUUCAAUCCCAGUCAGUGGGUGGUGUUCAUCACAACUUUUUAUCUCCUGGCUUUCAAGUGGUGGUCUUAAACUUUUUUUCUUUUCUUUUUUCAUGCUUUGCUCGAGUCGUGAAAAACGUUACCUGUCCGCAUCGAGUACAAGGGCUUAUAAUAGACUUGUAACUGUAUGCGACGUCUUGCCCCAUAUGCAGCAGGAAACGAAACGAAACCUACGCGAGUCGGUCUUUGGGCGACCUUUUUUUUUAGGAGGCCUUUGGUAGGAGACGACGUCCAAGUCUUGUUUCGUCGUAUUCGCAGGACAUAUCAAAGCUGCUGUAGUUCACACCCCCUUUGGUUUCGGUACUGUGUUUGGUUACGCAAACCGUGACGUGUUGCUGCUCUGACGUUAAUUAGCCAGGAAC